GGGGCGGAGGUCAGCUAAGCCAGCCAGCCGGAGUCAGGAGCUGGGAAGACAGAAGAUCUGUGCUGCCACACCUCAGUGAAUUUCCUUAUAUCCCAGCGCUCCCCAGGGAUCCCCUGCUCUCAACUUUUCUGGUACAUUUUACAAGGGAGUUAUUUGUCAGUUUCAUAACACCAGAGGAAGGAAGAGGGGAAAUGGUGGAUUUAAACAACCUUUAUAUCGCCUCGAUCCUUGAACCAUCGACACUGGCCUUGGGGCUACUCUACUUUACGCUGGCUGCCAAGCACCGAUAAAUUAAUAGCUGGAAACCUGUCUGUUUCAUCCACAUGUUAGUAUAGUUAAGGUUGCUAGGAUCCUAAGGCAGACAGCCACUUCAGUAGGAAGCGAGUGCGGAAGAAAUGAGUAACUUAUGAAACAGGAUGAAAUUAAAAUUUACAUCUCCCUCUUUGGGACCCUGAUGAGAGAUGUAUGGUCACUGCUAGAAGAUGCACAAUUCGACACAGAAUGGGACUGGGAACAGUUCUACUAACUGCACCAUUAAUCACAGCAUACACCAGACUUUAUCCCCCACUAUAUACAUACUUGUCUUUGGAGUAGGUCUCCCAGCUAACUGCCUCUCGCUGUACUAUGGGUACCUACAGAUCAGGGCCAAAAAUGAACUGGGGAUCUAUCUGUGCAAUUUGACUAUAGCAGACCUGUUCUACAUCUUCUCUUUGCCUUUCUGGCUCCAGUACGUUUUGCAGCAUGACAACUGGACCUAUGAUGCAAAUCUGUGCAAAAUCUGUGGCAUACUCCUGUAUGAAAACAUCUACAUCAGUGUGGGCUUCCUCUGCUGCAUCUCCAUUGACCGCUAUCUAGCAGUGGUACAUCCUUUUCGUUUCUAUCAGUUUCGGACAAUAAAGGCCGCUGUGGUAGUGAGCAUCAUAAUCUGGGGCAAGGAAAUUCUGAUGAGCUGGUUUGUCUUUCAGUAUGCUGAUACUAGUAUUGAUGCAGAGAGUCAUAAAAUAUGCUUUGAACAUUAUCCCAUCAAAGAUUGGGAGCACACGAUCAAUUACUACCGCUUCUUUGGUGGCUUCCUUUUCCCCUUCUUCCUACUGCUCUUUUCUUACUGUGGCAUUUUACGAGUUGUCCGCAAGAGCCAUGGUACGCAAAAGAAGACAAAAAUCCAAAUUAAACGUCUGGUUUCAAGCACAGUUAUAAUUUUCUUGGUUUGCUUUGGACCAUACCACAUCCUGUUGGUAAUUCGCAGCUUGUUUGAGAAGAACUGUAUGUUUGCAGAGAAAAUCUUUAACAUUUACCACUUUUCUCUCUUGUUGACUAGUUUUAACUGUGUUGCUGACCCAGUAUUGUACUGCUUUUCCAGUGAGAGCACCUACCAGAAUUUUGUCAAAAUGAGAGACUCCGGUUUAACAUGCCUAAGAUGUUUAAGGACUAAAACCCAGGUAUCCUACCAGAUGAAAACUCUAGAAACCCUCAGAAAAAGCAACAGUGUACCAGCAGUUGAAGAGCCAGAGUUAUUAAACAAACUACAUACUGUUAAUGAAAUGAAAGACUCUUCCAUUGUCAGUAUAGACAGACUUUAGCACCCGUUAGAAAGGCAGACUGAUCAAAAGUUUCCAGGUCUAAGUUUGGGCUUCAGUCUUUGGUUUAUAAAUGUAUUGCAACUGCUUUACAUUCUAAAGAGCUUAAUAACUCAUCAGUAUUAUAAGCAGACCUGAGUUGAUACUCUUUCCACAGGGGGAAUUCCUUAGUUCCCUUGAGUAACCCUGGGCCUUGACAUAGGGCAGGGAAAAUAUACACCAGGUCAGUUUAGCUCAGGUCACAUGUAUAUAUUACUGACUCAGUAUAGCGCUAGUCAUGGGGAAGCUGCUUUUCUGAUGACUGGACUGGCUGAAAUAAGAUGUUAGUGGUGUGAAUUUUCCAUAAUGGUCUUUAAUUGCUGAUUGUUUGUCCAUGUAUUGACUUUAUGAGAAAGCUGUCAAACUCUGUGAUCACCUUGCUGAAAAGGUGGAAGAUGGAACAAAUUAUGUAAAAUGAAGUGAUAAACA